AGAUAAUGUUUCAAACAACCGAAGUAGGGGUACAUGGACUGACCCUGGUUUAUAUUUAAGCAUACUUGCCCUAUAUUGCACCUAAUUAAGGUUUAUACUUGGGCCCUAAUUGGGAUUUUUAUUGUGAUAUUCGAGACGAGUCAAUACCUAAGAAGGAUAAGACUUGGCGUAUGUGCGUUGAUUGCCAAGCCGUCAACAACAUCAUGGUAAAGUAUCGACAUCCUAUUCCUAGACUGGAUGAUGUGUUGGAUGAAUUGCAUGGUUCCAGUGUGUUUUCUAAGAUAGAUCUUAAAUCUGGAUACCAUCAAAUUUGAAUGAAAGAAGGUGAUGAAUGGAAAACAACCUUUAAAAUGAAACAUGGUUUAUAUGAGUGGUUGGUUAUGCCUUUCGAUUUAACUAACACACCUAGCACUUUUAUGAGAUUAAUGAACCAUGUUUUGAGAGGUUUUAUUUGAAAAUUCAUGGUGGUCUAUUUUGAUGAUAUUCUGAUUUAUUCUAAGAACUUAGAUGACCACGUGAAUCACCUUAGAACUAUUUUGGAGACUCUUUGAAAAGAGCAAUUGUAUGGUAAUCUCAAGAAAUGCAUGUUUUGCACCAAUUGACUUCUGAUUUUGGGAUUUGUGGUGAGUUCAAAGGGAAUUUAUGUGGAUGACAAAAAGAUUGAGGCAACAAAAGCAUCACCCACCCCAACUAAUGUGAAUGAGGUUCAGAGUUUUCAUGCUAUUGCAGGGUUUUAUCGAUGGUUUGUAAAGGAUUUCAACACCAUUGCUACUCCUUUAACCUUGACAAUUAAAAGAGCAUGACCUUUCAAUGGAGUGAAUCUCAAUAGAAAGCUUUCGAGCUUUUGAAGUAUAAACUAACCCAUGCUCCUUUGAUGAUUUUGCCUGACUUUUCUAAAACAUUCAAGAUCGAGUGUGAUGCCUCUGGUGUAGGCAUUGGUGCUGUUUUGAUGCAGGAGAAGAGGCCAAUCGCUUUAUUUAGCGAAAAGUUGAGUGGGGUUGCCUUAAACUAUCCCAAGUAUCUCAAAGAUCUCUAUGCUCUUGUUCGAGCUCUAGAAACAUGCCAGCGCUACCUCUGGCCUAAGGAGUUCUUGAUCCACAGUUCCACACUGAUCAUGAGUUCUUUAAGUACUUGACGGCACAACAUAAGCUGAACAAACGACAUGCUCGAUGGGUGGAGUUCAUCGAAUCCUUCCCCUAUGUGAUUUUCUACAAGCAAGGUAAGGAGAAUGUGGUUGUCGAUGCCCUUUCUUGUAGGUAUGCUAUAAUUUCAUCUCUUGAUGUUUGAUUCAUUGGGUUUGAGCAUAUCAAAGAAUUGUGUGUCAAUGACCCUGAUUUUGGUGAGACUUAUGCGGCUUGUGAGAAGCAUGGUGAGGGAAAAUAUUAUCGAGCUGCUGGAUAUUUGUUUCAUGCUAACCAACUUUGUGUGCCUCCUGCUUUGGUUUGUGAGUUGCUGGUUAGAGAGGCUCAUGGUGGCGGCCUCAUGGCUCAUUUUGGGGUAUCCAAACUUUGGAUUGCCUCCGGGAACAUUUCUAUUGGCCACACAUGAGGUGUGACAUGGAGAAGGUGUGUGCGCCGUGUCUUAAAUGUCGCCAAGGCAAGUCAAAAGUUCAGCCAAACGGGUUACCUCUCCUAUUCCUACUGCUCCUUGGAUCGAUAUUUCUAUGGAUUUUGUUCUUGGAUUACCUGGGACUAGGAAUGGUAGAAAUUUUGUGUAUGUUGUGGUUGACCAGUUUUCAAAGAUGGCGCAUUUUAUACUAUGUCACAAAAGUGAUGAUGCAUCUAAUGUAGUGGAACUGUUCUUUCAAGAAAUUGUUAGGUUGCAUGGUAUUCCUAGUACUAUAGUCUUUGGUCGUGAUGUCAAGUUCUUGAGUUACUUCUGGAAAACUCUAUGGAGUAAGCUUGGCACUAUGUUGUUGUUUUAUACUACUUGCCACCCUCAACCGAAUGGCCAAAUUGAAGUACUUAAUAGGACUUUGUCUCAAAUGCUUAGGGUUGUCAUUAAGAGUCAUAUCAAGUCUUGGGAAGAAUGCUUACCUCAUGUGGAGUUUGCAUAUAAUAGGUCUGUUCAUUCUACCACUAAGUUUUCACCAUUUGAGAUUGUGUAUGGAUUUAAUCCUUUAACCCCAUUGGAUUUAUCUCCGUUACCUGUCAAUGAGCGUGUGAAUUUAGAUGGUGCGAAGAAAGCAGAGCUUGUUCGAGGUUUACAUGAGAAGGCGUGGCUGAACAUAGAGAGAUAGACGAAGAAGAUACUGAAUAAUGUGAACAAACAUUGGCAUCCUCAACGAUUUGAGCUAGGAGAUUCGGUCUGUGUGCACAUGAGGAAGGAAUAUUUUCCCCAUGAAAGACGUUCCAAGUUGUUGCCUCGUGAUGAUGGUCCUUUUCAAGUCCUCUCCCUCAUCAAUGAUAAUUCCUACAAUAUUGAUCUACCAGGCGAGUAUGGUGUGAGUGCUACGUUUGAUGUUGCUGCAUUAGCUCCUUUCCUUGAAUACGACUUAGAUUUGAGGGCAAAUCCUCUUCAAGUGGAGGGGGGUGAUGAGGGCAUCAGCACCAAGGCGAUCUCAAUUCCAACUCUUGUGCGAGAGGAACCUGAUCCGGUCACUAGAAUUCAAGUCAAGGCAUUCAAGGGUCAACUUCAAGCUUAUUUGGCCCCAGAACAUCACCAAAAUGAAGGUCGACUUGUUCGUGGGACGAGAAUUGAUGAUCAUAGGAGUUGGUAAUGCUUCAAACCAAUUCCUCGCCCAUGGCAGUGCAAAACCCGAUCAAGUAAAUGAUGAGGAGAUCACGGAUUGUGUCCAGGGAUUUCCCCCAACCUUGAAGGCCAAUUCCCCGAUCGGGGAUUCGUGAAGGAGAUCAGUUUUUUCACCCCUAGCUGCUGCCAACGAGUUUUAUGUUUCCUUUGCGGAUAAUUUGAAUUUUACACCCAAACUCGGGUUUCUUUGUUAUUUUUGGCCCAAAACCUUUGUAGCCUAUAUAAGGGGAUGAACUAAGUCUUUUAGAGGUCAAUCAAAAAAUUUAUUUAGAAAUACAAACCCUAGAAUUGGUUCUUCAAACUCCAAUUUCUGCUAGCUCAUCACCCUAUCUAAAUAGUCCUUCGUAUAUCUGGACCUCUUUCCGACACGUGGAUUUUUUUCUUUUUGGGUUAUUAUCCUAUUUGUGAUCAUUGUGCUUCUAAUUGAUCUUUGUUACGUUUCUUAUUGUUUAAGACCAUGAGUUAGAGCCUCGACUUAUAUCAGGUAGCUCCUCUUCCUUAAUCCUUGGAGUGAUAAUGAGGAUGAAGUGGUUGAAGGUGAAGUGGUGGUUGAACUAGAAGUGGUGACUAUGCCAGCUCUGUGUAGUGGCAGCUUGGUAGGAUGACUAAUUCACUAGUGGUGGAAGGGGCGAGUAAGGACAAAUAAAUUUUUUAUAAUGAUGGACAUGGGUAACACUCACACCUUCCUGUAUAAGUUUAAGGUUGAGGAGUUGAAGUGCACUGUGGUAGCAACUCCUCCCUUGUGGAGCAAGUUAGCUAAUGGAACAGUGCUGAUGUGUAAUCCACUUACAAAGUAUUCACUUGGGAAAUGCAAGGAGAUUCCUCUUCAUUCGAUGUUAGAAUAUUAAAUCUGGCAUACAUGACAUGGAUGGGCAGUUGCAACUAUUCUUUCAGUUCGAUGGGCAGGUGGUGGUUUUAUAUGGAGCACAAUGCUGACUUGAUAUAUACACAUGUUUUGUCCACCAUUCUUACACCGUUUGAGUCGUAUUUCUCGUGUUUUAGGCCGAUUUCAUGCUAGGUUGUUCUUGUUUGUGAUAUUUCAGGUCCUCGUACGUGAAUGAAGUUUUGGGAACGAGUUCGGGGCCGAUUGGACGAAGAUUGGACAUUUGGCGAGAAGCUGAGGAAGCCACACGGGCAUGCCUAAAAACCCACACGGCCGUGUGACCUGGCCGUGUGGUACCAAAUUGCACGGGAAAGCCACACUAGCCAUGUAGGGGACCCCUUGGGGCCGUGUGGAAAGUCCACGGAGCUCACACGGGCAGCCUGGAAAAUCCACACGGCCGUGUGGUUUUGGCCGUGUAGCAUACCUGAGCCACUUAAGUGAAACGCGGCGUUUUGCACACUCACACGGGCAGCUGGGAAAGCCACACGGCCGUGUGGUAGAGAAUUUUUGGGUUUUAACCCAAAUUCGGCCAAAGGAGAGAGGUCGACUUUGUGGAGGAAAAAUAGAGUUUUAGAGAGAGAAAGUGCGAAGAACAAACCCUAGGAGCUAUUUGGAGUGAAUUUCUCACCAUUGAAGCCCAGAUUGCAUCCCCAGGAGUGAAGAUUGACAUCCCAGAGCAGAUUCUUCCCAUUGUUAUGAGUAUGACUACUUUGUAUUCUUUUUCCCUCUCUCUCUCUAUGGAGUAUAACUUUCCCUCUCUUGGGUAUGAAGAACCCUAGUUCCAUGUGUUAGGGAUCUUGAGUGUAAUGACUUGGGAUUGUUAUACUGCUUGAUUUUAAUCGAAUGAUGCAUGAUUCAUUGAAUCAAUUGAAGUCUGAACA